AAUAUGGUGUUGAGAAAUGGUACCGAGGUCUUUGACUCCUGGGAGAAACCCCCUCUACCUGUGUACACUCAGUUCUAUUUCUUCAAUGUCACCAAUCCAGAGGAGAUCCUCCGAGGAGAAAUCCCCAUACUAGAAGAAGUGGGGCCAUACACCUACAGGGAACUCAGGAACAAGGCAAACAUCCAGUUUGGAGAGAAUGGAACAACCAUAUCUGCUGUCAGCAAUAAGGCAUAUGUUUUUGAACGAAACCAAUCUGUUGGCGACCCUAACGUUGACUUGAUUAGAACAAUAAAUAUUCCUCUGUUGACCGUUGUGGAACUGGCCCAGCUGCCCCUCCUCAAGAAGAUCAUCGAAGCCAUGCUGAAAACCUACCAGCAGAAGCUGUUUGUGACUCACUCCGUGCAUGAGUUGCUCUGGGGCUACAAAGAUGAGAUCUUGUCCCUCGUCCACAUUUUCCAACCUGACAUUGCCCCGAACUUUGGCCUGUUCUAUGGCAAAAAUGGCACUAAUGACGGAGACUAUGUUUUCCUGACUGGAGAGGACAGCUACCUCAACUUUACGAAGAUCGUGGAGUGGAACGGGAAAACGUCUCUGGACUGGUGGACCACACACGAGUGCAACAUGAUUAACGGGACGGAUGGAGAUUCGUUCCACCCUCUCAUCACCAAGGAUGAAGUCCUCUACGUGUUCCCCUCUGACUUCUGCAGGUCGGUCUAUAUAACUUUCAGCGGUUUUGAGAGUGUGGAGGGACUGCCUGCUUUUCGCUAUAAGGUGCCUGCAGAAAUUCUAGCCAAUACCUCCGAAAACGCUGGCUUCUGUAUACCUGAAGGAAACUGCAUGGACUCAGGAGUGUUGAAUGUCAGCGUCUGCAAGAACGGUGCACCCAUAAUCAUGUCUUUCCCACACUUUUACCAAGCUGAUGAGAAGUUCGUUUCUGCCAUAAAAGGCAUGCGCCCAAACAAGGAGGAACACGAGACAUUUGUGGACAUUAAUCCUUUGACUGGAAUCAUUUUAAGAGCAGCCAAGAGAUUCCAAAUCAACACUUAUGUUAAGAAACUGGAUGACUUUGUUGAAACGGGAGACAUCAGGACCAUGGUUUUCCCAGUGAUGUAUCUCAAUGAGAGUGUCGUCAUUGACAAAGAGACUGCAAGCCGAUUGAAGUCUGUAACUAACACGACUUUGAUCGUCACCAACAUACCCUACAUCAUCAUGGCACUGGGCGUGUUCCUUGGCUUGAUUUUCACAUGGCUUGCGUGCCGAGGACAGGGGUCCAUGAAUGAAGGCACGGCGGAUGAAAGAGCACCCCUCAUACGAUCCUAAUCAAACUUACCUGUUGCCUGAGCUUGGUGAGAGAGCGUGUGCACCGCCCUGAUGUGGACCAGGACAGGGGAACCCCUGAAUCCUCACAGGCUCCUGGCCCGUCAAGAAGAGGGAGAAGUCGCAGUGCUGGCAAGGAAGGAGAACUCCUGGACAGAGGGUGACGAGCAGGGUGAUAUGGCUGGACAUUAUACUUUAUCAAAUCAUGUCUCUGCAAUAGUUCUAAUGUGUCUAGGAAGUAUCUAAUAAACUUGUGUAGAAACUUUGUGGUUGGGCUCUGGGAGCUGUGGGAUUUUGUGACCCCCGUUGUAGAUACAAAGUCUGCAUCACUUGUUAGUGUUAGCUGACCUGACCUGACUCAGUGUGUUUCAUUCUCCAAAUUGUGUUCAAAAUAUAUAUGUAUGGCUUCCUGUUCUUCUCCAUUCAACUCCUUACACAAGAGGAAGAGUGUGGCACCCAGGGUAAAAUGAUAACUUCAUAUGAUGCGCCCUGCAAGCGUGUCUGCUUUCCUUCCUUGAGACGUUACAUGCUGUAUUUCACUCUAACUUCAAGAUUGUAAUCCCUUCAGGAAAAUAACUCAGUCUUUCGAGUGUUUGAUGGUAAGUGGGAGUCACGUGGGCAGGGUUGGGUGGGUGGUGUCUGUCAGUAGAUAGCAUCGCGCUCCUGAGGAUUUUAGGUUGUGCUUUUGUGGAGGAGGAGGAUGUCCUGACAGUGUUGGUGAGGGUAUUCAUUUAGAGUAGAGUUCAGUGUGAGUUUAUAGGUUGGCUGUCAUUUUUAGUCAGAGCUGUCUCAAUGGAGAAACACGCCUCUGACUCCGGGAGACCAGAAUCAAUGGCAUGUAUCCCCAGACAUCUUUGCCAAAUAGGAUGGUGGUAGGAAUGUCGGUGACUGCCAAAUAUUGAGUGAUUAUUUGAAAAAUUACGAAUGUUGGAAAGCCCGUCUGCCGAUAGCUAACGUCACAUAGAGAUCCAGGAAGGCAGUUCACCUUUGAAAAGAAGAUUUUAAAUUCAUCCCUUAGGUUUGGUCCCAGCCAGUGUUUGGUGGCUCUCCGUCACUCACUAAGUGCCCUCUGCUUCCAUUGACAGUCGUUUUCCUGACAGAGCAACAAGUGUUAGAGUGCGAGACAGAAAGCCCUUCGGAUGAGGCGUCUGAGAAGAAGCCAGCUACUCCUUUUCAGGUCCCUGAAGGACCAUGGCGUCCCAGCCAUCAGACCUCAGCCAUCACGAAGGGCAUUGUCUUUGACUCUCAGAGCUCACCACUGAUUUUUUACUGAGGAACCCUAUAUGUUAUCUGGCCAACCUCUUAUAUAAUUUCAUGAAAACUGAAUUUCGUCGAUUAAAACUGAAUUUCAAUAUAAACAAAAAGAAUUAAAAAACUGAAGUUACCCAUAUGACUUUGGAGGUAAAAUGUUGCUUUAAUAUACAGGCCCAAAUUUUUCCUCUCUUGACACUACAGCAGUAUGUGAUGUUUCCCUUCUUUUUUUUUUUUUUUUAAUUUUGGUGUUUUGAGACAGAAUGUCCCUAUGUAGGCCUGACUGUUCUGGAACACACUGUGUAGAUCAGGAUGGCAUUUAACUCACAGAUCUCCACUGCCUCUGCCUCCCGAGUGCUGGGAUUGGUGAGCCACUAUGCUUGACUGCUGUGUCCCUUCUUGAAGGGACAGAUUCGUUAAAUUUUCACCUUUCUUAACAAACCAAGGUAGAAAUAUUUGGUACCCCAAACAUGGCUGUGAAAACCAAAUUGAAAAUACUUCAUCUCUAAUAAUGACAAAUGUCUUUAGACUUUAUCAAUAUUUAACUAGGUAAUUAGCAUAUCUUGGUCUUCAUGCAUUGAGAUGGAGUCUUAACUCUGUAGCUCAGGCUGAUUUAGAACUCACUAGGUAGCAUAGGUUGACCUUGAACUUAUGGUGAGCCUCCCCUCUCAGCCUCCCGAGAGCUGGGAUUACAGGUGUGCACUACACCUGACUGUCAUUAUGCAACUACUUAUCCACAAUAAAUUAAAUUGGUAAGCUAGUGCAUACUAAUUGGUUCAUUCCUAUUUUCAGGACGUGGUCAUCUCUGAGGAGAUGUUUUUUAACACAGAAAUUACAGCAGUUAAUGAUGUAUAUAGUAGACUGAAUCUCACGUGGAAAAGGAGACCAAAAAUAGAUUAAUUCUCUAUCCGCCCCAUGGUUAUUGAUAGCGAUGGCUCAAAAUCACAUUUGAUAUUUUCCUUCUAAAAGGUUCAUGGCAAACCCACAAGCCACAGUCGGAAUUACAGACUGACUAACAACAAAUGUACCCAUUUUGUGUGGGCUGAGACCAUUGUCCUGGGAAGGUCCCAAAGAUUGUGGGGCCACCAGCAUUCUCAUACCACAGGAUGGCAGGGAACUGGGAGGGCACAGAGUGAGGGAUGGACAUUUCCAGGGAGGCUCCAGGCUCUGCCCCAUAGACCUUACUUGCGUGUGUUCUACAGAGAUCACUAAUGAUCCAAUGGAACAAGCUCAGCACCGCUAACCCCUAUUGGGGUUUUCACUUAAGGAUGCUCAAAGUUGUUUGCGGUAUGAAUCCUUCCAAAGGCCCUCUGAGCAUUGUACCUGGUGUAAAUUGCUUGUGCCUGGUUUUAAAAAGUCUGGUCAUUAUGUUCUUCAUGUACCUUACACAGUUGGUUCAUUUCUUGUGGUUCCUGACCUUAUUUUAUUUCUACCCAUAAUGCAACAAACUGUUUCACUAAUUAAAAAAAAAGUUUAUAUGAA